AUGAAAGAGUUAAAAGAAGAAGUGCGAGCGGCAUUAGGUACUCUGGGAAAAGAAGACUGGCCCUCAUUAACAAACCUAGAAUUUGUUGUUCUGGAACAAUUAAUUGAAAUUUUGGUACCAAUGGAAACAACAACAACAGUUAUAAGUAGCGAAAAAAAAGUUACUUUAUCUUCUGUAAUAAUAAUUUCAAACGGCCUUUCUGAUUUAUACAAAGCAAUGUAUAAAAAUAAUAUUCUUUCAUCCAUUUCAAAAGAUAUUUUAGAAAAAAUUAUUAUCGGCAUUGACACAGGAUUCAAGAACAUGGAAAGCAGUACUUCAUUACUUAUUAAUACAUUUUUCGAUCCAAGAUACAAACAUAUCGGAUUUUCAACAAAUACAGCAUCGGAAAAGGCUAGAGCGGCAGUCACAGCAUCCUUAAUAUCAUUGAUUAAUUUAAAAACCGCCGAGUCCUCCCAACCAGUCGAUAGUGGUGAUAAUGAUAAAAUUGACAGUUCAAAACCGAGUAUUUGGUCAUGCUUUGAUAAAAAAGCUUCUCUGUUUAAUCCGGUCAGAUCAAAUCAGUCGAAAGCAAUCAUAGAAAUUGAUAGGUAUUUAGAUGAGCCUCUUCUCGAACGUGAAAAAAAUCCAUUAGAUUGGUGGAAAGAACAUCAAUAUAAGUUUCCUUUCCUUAGCAGCCUGGUGAAACUCAAGUUUGGAACUGUUACCACAUCGGAACCAUGCGAAAGGGCGUUUUCCAAAACAGGCCAAAUAAUUUCCGACCGCCGAAGCCGUCUAAAACCAGAGAAAGUACAUCAAAUUAUGUUUCUGAAUCAAAAUAAAAGCAGUCUGCCAAGAUCUUAA